AUCCGAGUAGUAGGAAAAAAGGUAAUAAAUAUAUUUUAAUAGUAAUCAUCAAAAAUCCACGUUACUUAAUGUCGAAUUACUAAGGAAGACUCAAAAUCGUACUCCGCUAAUCGUUACGUUUUUCCUCAUUGACGUAUUUUUCAUUAUUCUCUAUAAACACAAAAAUUUUAACAUGUAAUUCUCAUACGAUGGCAAAGCCCAAAGGGGAGAAAAAAGGCAAAUCUGCCAUCAAUGAAGUAGUUACUCGGGAGUACACUGUGAAUCUUCACAAAAGGCUACAUGGUAUUGGCUUCAAAAAGCGUGCUCCCCGUGCCAUAAAGGCUAUUCGUCAGUUUGCGUUGAAACAGAUGGGAACACCCGAUGUUAGGAUUGACACCAGGCUGAACAAACAGUUAUGGUCCAAAGGAAUCAGAAAUGUACCUUUCCGUGUCCGUGUACGAUUGUCAAGGAGAAGGAAUGACGAUGAAGACUCUGUAAACAAAUUGUACACACUUGUGACUUAUGUUCCAGUAGCCAACUUCAAAGGUCUACAAACUGAGAAUGUUGACGCAAAUCAGGAAUAAAUAGAAGUUAUUUAAUUUUUCAUUGUUUAUUUCAUUUCCAUUGUUAUACAAAAGAUAUACAACUGAAACAUGCUUAAAAGGUAUACAGGAAAAUAACUUAAAACUAAUAAUUUUGCCAACACUUAAUUUUAAAGUAAAU